UCGGGCUGACUAAAGGCAGUCUUACUAAAGGUACUCUCAAUGUUCUCAAGUGUUACAGAGGACGGAGCUCCAGGCGUAUAUAAACAUCUAAACUGCCCCCGAAAUGUGUUUCAGUCAUCUACAUCAUCGACCUGUAACACGAAGCUUGCCAACUCAACUCACCGUACAAACCAAUGGCUACCGCAGCAGUCCUCCCUCCUCAAGAUGUUCCAACCAUUAUGAACUACUACUCUCCCAUUGGUGAAGAGGCACCAUUCCAGUAUGUGCACGACCCGCCGGAAAACACUCCAAAGGAUAACAUUGGUACCGAUCCUCACCCUGUCGUCGUGCACAAUGUCCGAGGCAGAGAGUCUGAGUUUAACUUGGACAAGAAUGGCUUCCAGUUCGUCAAGCACGAGAGUGUAGAGAAGGACUUCGUUGACGACAAGAAGAUUGAGGACGUUUACUACAAGGAAGUCGAGGAGUUGUUGAAGAAGGAGGCCGGAGCUAAGCGGGUCUUCAUUUUUGACCAUACCAUCCGGAGGAAGCCUGAGAGUGACAAAGUCGGACCAGGCCAGGUGUACCGUGGACCGGUGGAACGCGUGCACAUUGACCAAACCUUCGAUGCCAGUGUCGCUCGUGUCCACCGUCACCUCGGCGAAGACGCUGAACGACUCCUGAAGUCAAGGGUUCGUAUUAUCAACGUCUGGCGUCCUAUCGGACAUCCCGUCGCACACAAGCCUCUUGCGGUGUCCGAUUGGCAUUCUCUCGACACCGAACACGAUCUGGUGCCAGUCCGUUUCAUCUACCCUGACAGGGUUGGUGGAACGUUCAGCGUGAAGUACAACCCCAACCACCAGUGGUAUUACUUGGGUAACCAGACGCCGGAGGAGGUGACUCUGAUCAAGUGCUUUGAUUCGGAGGUGGAUAGGGCGAGGUUGACUCCUCAUUCAGCUUUCCUGGACGAAACUAGUCCGAAGGAGGCUCCUCAUAGAGAGUCGAUUGAGAUACGGGCUUUAGUAUUCGACUCCGAGUGAACUAGUGUAGCAGUAUGAUAAAGGCCAUUGUAC